AUGCUCUGUUUUUAUUUUCUGUGUUUUGAAAUUUUAAAGUGAAAAUGAUGGGAGUGUGAGUGUGACGUAAGUGCCACGUAACCAUGGGAUAAGAGUGAAGACUGUGAAAAGAGGAUCCGAAUUCCGGUAAUGGCUGUCCCCAUGCAUAAUUGGCGGGAGGCAGGUGGUAUGCUCUAGCUCCAGGGCCGCCAUGGCUCCUCCUGCUCUCUAAAUGGUUCUUGUUUGGAUUUGCGGCUUUUGGAUGGACUUGUGUUGGGGUUUUGGGUAUUAAUAUCUGGGUUUAGGGUUUAAUCCCGGCAGGGGGCUCCGCUUUUUCUAAGAGAGAGAGAGAACUGUUUGCCCUGUUUUCGGACCUGUUUUCCUGCGAGACGAAGAGGAGAUGAUGGUUGCGCCCUCGGAUUUAGCUAAAGAUCACAAGCCCAUUGCAGUUGGAUCACUAGCCAAAAAAGCAAGGACUCUCGAGAAUCAGCCAGUUGAGGAUCCUCCAGCGACAAGAUUCACAUGGACAAUUAUCAACUUUUCUCGGCUGAAAACAAAGAAGCUGUAUUCGGAAAUUUUUGUUUCCAGUGGUUAUAAAUGGCGUGGGCUAAUUUUUCCUAAGGGAAACAAUGUGGAUUAUUUGUCCUUGUAUUUGGAUGCUGCAGAUUCAGAUAGUUCACCAUAUGGUUGGAGUAGGCAUGUUCAGUUCAGCAUGACUUUGAUUGAUCAAAUUAAUAGUAGGCACUCUGUGAAAAAAGAUACAGAACACCGUUUCAAUGCUCAAAUAAAGGAUUGGGGUUUUAUGUCAUUCUUGCCAUUUAGUAAGCUAUAUAAUCCUAGAAGAGGGUAUAUUUUGAAUGAUACAUGUAUAAUUACAAUUGAGGUUUCUGUUCUUAAAAAUGAGUCUGAGACCAGAGUCGUACGCAAGGUAAAAAAAAUUAAACUCGAUGAGGAGAAAGGUCGGGAGGAGGAAAUAGAAAGAGAAAGUGGAGGAGCAGGAGGAGAAGAAAAAGAAGGAGAAAUGUGUGGAGAAAAAAAGAAAGGCAGGGAGGAAGAAGGUUCAGCUAACGAAGGGGAAGAUGGUGAGGGAGAUGUAAGAAAAGAAGAAGAAGACAGAGAAAAUAAAGAGGUAAAAAAAGCAGUAGAAGAAGAGGAGACUGGAGAAGCCAGAGAAACAGAAAAAAAAUCUAAAAAUAAAGAGAAGGAAGAGGCUGACAGAAAAGAGAAGGAAGUAGAAAAGGAGAAGAAGAGAGAGGCGUGUGGUGAACAGAAUGACCUGGCAUUUUUUAACUGCACUCAAAAAUCAGUGGCUGAGUUUCAGAGGAGCUCUUCAGCAGUCACCAAUUAUGGGGUUCAAGCUGAGUCAGAUAAUCCUGGUGCCUCUAUUAAGACUGAGUUGACUUUGCAUCAUGCUUCUCCUGAUGCGCAUACAUCAUUUCCUAAAGUAGAAGCAGCUGCUCAAACUGACCAUCGACUUCAAUGUCAAACUCCCCUUGAGGAUUUUGCUGCCUUGUUCAAGGAUAUUUCUGAAGUGGUCGGGGGGACUUCUCCUUUCUUAGUUUCUUCAGCUUGGAGAGAUACUGCUGCUGGUCCAGAUGUGGUGGAGAUCUCAAGAUCUCUCUCUCUGUUGAAGGAUGUGGCUAACAUAUCUUUUACAGAGAUCCCUGCUAACCUCCGGACCAAGUUAGCUUCUGCACUUCAUGUGCUUGUACGAGCCACUACCCUUUCGUCACUCCAAGCCUUUGCAAUCCAUCAGUUCUUCAAUCAAUUUGAAGCAUUGUGUAAAUCCUAUGAUUCCAAUGUUGUGGUCUUGGACUGCACUCGGCACUUCUUUGAUUCUAAGGAUAAGACCUUUGAAUCCUUGAAAAGAUUGAAUGAGACCCAAUUGAAGAUUAGAAGCUCAGUUGAUGGAAUCAGAAGGGAAAAGGAGUUGCUGCAGAGGCGAUUGAGAGAACUGGAGGACUCCGAGUCCCGACUGCUGGAAGACUACACUGCUGUUGGCAGGGAGGCUCAAGGAACCAAAGCUCAAUGGGAUGGACUGAUUGCAAAGAAUGCUGACAUGCUGGAGCAGAGAGAUAAGGCAGAGGAGGAAAAGGUUAGAAUAGAGACCAUGUGGACUGCAUUUGUUUCUCUUUUCAAAUGGGUAGAACAGGUUGAAAGCACUAUCACUCUAGACAACAAGCCAAUUAAGGAUAAUCCAACAUCAAGAUUCAAGUGGAAAAUUGUAAACUUUUCUAGAUUGGAUAAGGAGAAGUACUAUUCAGAGACUUUCGUUAUUGGUGGUUAUAAAUGGCGUGCGGUAAUUUUUCCUAAAGGAAACAAUGUAGACCAUUUGUCUUUGUAUUUGGAAGUUGCAGACUCAGCAACUUUGGCAUAUGGGUGGAGUAGAUAUGCACAUUUUAGCUUGGCUGUAGUCAAUCAAGUUCGUAAAAAGUACUCUGUGAUAAAAAGUACACAACACCAGUUCAAUGCUCUAGAAAGCGAUUGGGGCUUCAAUGUAUUCAUGCCGCUCAGUGAACUAAAUGAUCCUAGUCGAGGGUAUCUUGUGAAUGAUACAUGUAUAGUUAGAGGUAAGAUUGUUGUUCAUAAAGAUGAAUUGAUGAUCGGAGGAGAAAAGAGGACAGACAAAUUUGUACUAAACAAUAAGAAAGAAAGUAGAGAGGAAGAAUUAGAAAGAGGAGAGGGAGAAAAAGAACAAGGGAAAAUAGGUGAUGAAGGAGAGGAUCACAGGGAGAAAGUAGGUCCAAUUGAGGAAGCAAAAGAAGAGGGAAAGAAGGAACAGGAGGCUAAAGAAAAGACUGAAGAUUUAGCUAGAGAAACAGAGAAAUCUGAAAAUCAAGAGGGGAAGAAGAAGGCUGAAACAAAAGAGAAAGGACCUGAAAAAGAGAAGGAAGUGGCUUCUGGUAAACAUAUUGUCUUGGAAGCUUUUAAGUCUACUCAAACACAAGUGGCCGAGUAUGAAAACUUCUCAGAAUACUCACAAUAUGCUGAGUCAGACAAUCCUGAGAGCUCUGUUGAGUUUGGGAUGAUUCCAAUCUCUUAUUCAAGAACAACUAUGUUCCCAAGGACGACUUCUGCUGCUCAGAAUCUGAAGCAUGCUUCUGCUGCACAAGAAUCAUCGCUCAAACUAGCUUCUUCGGCAGCAAUCCAGACUGAUUCUCCAGUUCAAUCUCAAACGCCCUUGGAGGAUUUUUCUGCUUUAUUUGAGGAUAUUUCUAGAGUGUUUGGUGGUGCUUCUUCCUUCGUUUCAGCAAGAAAGGCUACUGGUUGUCCAGAUGCAGUAGAAAUCUCAAAAUCUCUCUCGUUAUUGAAGGCUUUGGCUGAUAUAUCUUUUUCAGAGAUUCCUUCCAACCUUCGGACUGAGCUAACUUCUGCACUUCAAGUUCUUGUUCAAACCACUACUCUUCCACUAACUCAAACAUUUGCAAUCUAUAAGUUCUUCAAUGAAUUUGAAGCCCUAUGCCAAUCCUACAACUCCAAUAUUGCAGUCUUUAACAACACUCGGCAGUUCUUUGAUUCGAAGGACAGGACCUUUGAGUCCUUACAGAGAUUGAACGAGUCUCAGUUGAAGAUUAAAAGGUCAAUCAAUGAAAUUAAAAGGGAAAAAGAGCGCCUGCUGAGGCAGUUGAGAGCAGUGGAGAAUUCUGAAUCCAGUUUGCUGGAGCACUACACUGUUAUUGGCGUAGAGGCUCAAGGACUCAAAGCUGAGUGGGAUGGGCUGAUUGCAAAGAAUGCUGACAUGCUUGAACAGAGAGAAAAGGCGGAGAUCGAAAAUGCCAGAAUAGAGACCACAUGGACAGACUUCAUUUCAUUUUUCAAAUGAUUGGUGAUGUAUUCGCGCUAGAUGCCUCUCCAUCACCAGACAACUCAUAAUUUUCCAUUGUGCUUGGUCUGCUGAACUGAACUUCAUCCCAGAAUGUGUUUUCUUCAAGGUAAUGUGGGCUGCAAUAUUAUGAUACAAUGAAUCCAGGAGAGCAGUAUGAGUCUAA